AUGGCCUACGCUACGGCAACAUCACCUCCGGCUCUGGACGCCGAUACCCAAGCCAGUUUAAAACUUUCAACCUCUUUUCCCCGCUCAACAUCACUACACAAUGUUGUCACCUCUUUACCUUCUCAUCCGACUCCUCCCUCUGCGCCUUCUUUUACCGCUUCUCCUACCUCCCUUCCGCUCUCGGCCUGCCCUGGUCCCGGGACACCGAAUGCCUUCACGCCCGCUGGUACUCCUCUCCAACCUGCCAGUGAGGGACCUCGUGGUCGAAUCAAUCCGCUUCCGACACCUGCACCUCUUGAGCUUGGCGAGUCAAUGAUGGCAGUUCCUGAAACACCUGGCAUCACUGACCCUACCGCUCCUCCCAAGGCGCCGGGUCUAAUGCGUCGGAUAUCACGAGGGGCUGCCAACAAGCUUACCAGACGAAGACAAUCCGCCACUCAAAACGACAAGCGAGACCGCAGCUGCGGUCCAGUCAUCAUGCGCCGACGCAGUGACAGCAAGACUAGCACCCAACCGCCUCGGGACAACGCGCUCGAUUCGAGCAACGAGGACGAAACUAGUGAAGCUUUGGAUGGACUUGGCGCAUGGGCUGGCUCCGAGCCGUCUAGCCUGCGCAGUGAAAGUCGCAUGAUGUCAGCUCGCGAAGUCGUUGGGGGCUCCGCCGUUGCUGUCGCGCCAAAGGUGGACUCCGCUGUUCAACGGGGAACGGUUUUGACCAAGGUGACAAAGAAACGCCGCAAGCAGGUCCGGUUCUUCUUGGAUUUGGAUUCCGCGAAGGUCUUUUGGGACCCCUCCAACCCCGCAAAGCGUUUCUACAUCGACGACAUCAAGCAAAUCCGAGUUGGUGCUGAUGCGCGCAACUAUCGUGAAGAGCACCAGGUUCCCGAAGACCUGGAGGGUCGUUGGUUCACCAUUGUCAUUGCGGAUUCGGAGCGUUUCAAAGGCCGUGCAGUCAAGACCUUGCACCUGAUUGCCCCUAACGACCACAUCCUCGACUUGUGGGUCACCACCCUUGAGCACAUUUCUCGCUAUCGCAUCGGCCUCAUGGCCGGACUGGCCGCUUCGGGUCAAAGUGAAGGUGUUCUACAGGCCCACUGGCAACGCGAGACGUCGAGAUUGUUCCCGCAAGGACCACGUCCGGGCGAGGAGCAAAGCCUUGACUUCGGUGCCAUUGAGAGUGUCUGUCGCAGUUUGCAUAUCAACUGUUCGAAGAACAUGCUCCGGGCUCAGUUCACCAAGGCCGACGCCGGUCGUAAUGGCAAGUUGAAUUACUCCGAAUUUAAAGACUUCCUCACGCGCCUGAAGGAGCGAAAGGAUGUCAAAGAGGUCUUCAAGGCACACGCGGAGGACUCGAAGAUGGGUCUCACUCUGAAUGAGUUCCUAGCCUUCCUCCGCGAUGAGCAACAGGAAGACAUUGACACCGACCGAGCUCAAUGGGUUGCCCUCUUUGAGAAGUUUGCUCGCAGAUCCAAGCCUCGCGUUCCCUCUGACGCUUCGGACGUCAGCGUCCCUUCGCCUCCACCUCGCAUGAACCUCAAUACCUUCUCCUCCUUCCUGGCAUCGCCUAGCAACGGCAUCUACGCAUCCCGUCCUCCUAAGUCGCGAUUUGACCGACCAUUGAAUGAGUAUUUCAUUUCCAGCUCGCACAACACUUACCUGCUUGGCCGCCAAGUUGCCGGUGCUUCGAGCACCGAGGCAUACAUCAGCGCUCUGCAGCAAGGGUGUCGUUGUGUAGAGAUCGACUGCUGGGAUGGUACAGACGGGCGACCAAUCGUGUCGCACGGACGUACUAUGACCACAAGCGUCUUAUUCGCUGAUUGCAUCACGGUCAUCAAUCGUUAUGCUUUCAUUUCAUGCGACUUCCCUCUGAUCCUUUCUCUUGAGGUGCAUUGCAACCCGGAGCAGCAACUGGCAAUGGUCAAGAUCAUGAAAGAUACCUUCAAGGAGCAGCUCAUCCUCGAACCCUUGAUGACCAACUGCUUUAUCCUUCCAUCGCCAGAAGAGCUGAAGGGUCGCAUCCUGGUCAAGGUCAAGACCUGUGACGAAACCUCUGGAAAUCCUCGCCAGGACUCAGUGAGCACUGUGGGCACCCAUGGCCGCAAGCGCAGUGCCAGCUCUCCAUUUGUUCGCCCUACUCCUCCCCCGAAAUAUCUCUCGCCACUCCGAUUUCACCGACGCUCCCUCACUGCGACGAGCAUGAGCAGCGCCACGGAGGAUAGCGACGGUGCGCUCAUCUCUGCCCACAACGAGAAGAAGAAGCGACGCCGCCAAAAGAGCAAGAUCACCAAGCCUCUGUCGGACCUGGGGGUGUACUCUCGUGGCUAUAAGUGGCACAGCUUCAGCUCCCCUGAAAGCCGAAAGUACAACCACGUUUACUCAUUCGCGGAGCGGUCGUUCGAGAGCAUCUGCCAAACCCAUGAUAACAAGGUUGCUUUGGAAUCUCACAACCGCAAGUACCUCACUCGCGUUUAUCCUUCUGGGUUCCGUCUUCGCUCUUCCAAUUUCGACCCGAACAAGUUCUGGCGCCGCGGUGUCCAGAUGGCCGCCUUGAACUGGCAGACCUACGACAUUGGCAUGCAGAUGAACCAAGCCAUGUUCGCGGCUGGCAGCGACCGUACCGGCUAUGUCCUCAAGCCCGACAGUCUUCGUCUUCCUGCACCAGACAACGAAAAUCAGAAGCGCAAGACCGAGCGCCAGAUGGUCAAGUUCUCCGUGGAUGUUAUUUCGGCUCAACAGCUUCCUCGUCCUCGCUCCAUUGGCCCUGAGGAUAACAUCAAUCCUUAUGUCGAGAUUGAGAUGUUCAGUGCCGAUGACCGUGGCCAGAGCGUCGCAUUCGGCGAGGGUGGUAUGGAUGCUUCUGCUCGCAGCGGCAUGUCUGGUAUUGGAUAUCCUCAUCGUCGACGCACCAAGAUCGAGCAGAGCAAUGGCUACAGUCCGGUUUUCAAUGAUCGCUUCAAGCUUUCUCUUGAGACCAAGUACCCAGAUCUGGUCUUCGUCCGCUGGACUGUUUGGAGCUCCUUGGAUGGACGCAGCGCUGGAAACAACAACUCUGUGCAGCUGGCCACUUUUACUGCCAAGCUCACUAGUCUGUCUCAGGGCUACCGCUACCUGCCUCUGUAUGAUGGUAGUGGUGAUCAGUACCUGUUCUCAACCUUGUUCUGCCGAAUCUCGAAGGAGGAUCCUGUCCCUUGUCAGCGACUGGGAAUCGAAGAGCUCCGUGCCGAGCGCCUGGGCAUCUUGCGACAGAUUGGCCAGACGGUCUUCAAGCGAUCCUCGUCUACCGACCGCGAGAAGGACCAGGCUACGGAGCGCAGCGAUCCUCCCAGUCCAGAUGAGAAGGAUAGCUCUCCCAACCUCACACCGACAGUCUCCACUGCUUCUACCUCUUCAUUCGUGCCCUAA